ACCUGGAAGCUACUUACCCUCAGGAUGAGAUCAAGGCAGCUGGUGUGCGGAAUCUGGAGUCUGUGUUUCACAUUCUGCCUCUUCUGCAUCUUUCUUCACCAAACCACAGCAAAAAGAAAACUGAAGUUUGUGUCUGUAGUGUUUCACCAUGGCGAUCAUACCCCACAGGAGUUUUUUCCAACUGACAAGCACAAAGAAAUUGCAAGGCAGCAUGGAUACGGACAGCUUACCAAGUUUGGCAUACAGCAACAGUAUGAGCUUGGACAGUAUAUGCGGAGAAGAUAUUCCUAUUUCCUGAGUGUUGUUUACAAACGGUCUGAGAUUUAUGUUCAGAGCACUGACUGUGAUCAAACGCUUAUGAGCGCUCAGGCAACUCUUGCUGGGCUGUAUCCACCAACACAGGAACACAUUUGGAACCCCAGAAUCCUUUGGCAGCCGAUUCCAGUUCACACAGUGCCACUGUCACAUGAUAAUUUGCUAUAUGUACCUUUCUCACACUGCCCAAAAUACAAUGAGCUUCUGAGAGAAACCUUUGCAACAAGAGAUUUCCAGAAGCAGCUCAAGCAGUACAGGUCUUUUCUCAAGUUUUUAGCCUCUCACACUGGAUACCCACUGAAGAAAUUGAACAGUGAAAAAAUUUUGAGGAUCUCUGACACUUUACAAUAUGAGGAUAUUAACAAUUACACUUUACCUGCUUGGGCUACUCAGGGUAUCAGGACCAAGCUGAUAAAGCUCUCAGAAUUGUUAUUGCAGGCGGAAUUUGGGUUCCACAAACAAAUACAGAAAUCACGUUUACAGGGAGGUCUUCUUUUAAAAACUAUCCUAAAGCAUAUGUCAGAUGCUAGAAAGCCUUCACACCAUCAAAAAAUGAUUAUAUAUUCUGCGCAUGCAACCACCAUUGUUGCCUUACAGAUGGCACUUCAUGUUUUCAAUGGGAAAUUGCCUCCUUACAGUGCUUGUCAUUUCUUUGAACUCUACCAGGAAAAAAAUGGGCAAUACACCAUAGAAAUGUACUAUCGGAAUAAUACUUUGAGAGAUCCCCACCCUCUUACUCUCCCUGGCUGCAGUUUUCGCUGUCCACUAGAGAGAUUUACUCACUUGGUCUCCCCAGUCCUCAUACAACAUUGGACAAGAGAAUGUAGGAUAUAGGCCAUAAAAUGAGGUGUGCCUCCAGGAAAUUCAGCGUGAUUAGCUUUCAAAACAGUUCCUCCCACACUGUGAUGUUACUACAGUCUGAAAUUUCUCAUUAACUUCCAUCAUUAUGAACAACAGUCUCCUGAUCUCUAUCAGAAAAAAACAAACAAACAAACAAAAAAACA